AGUUCCCACCUUAAAAAAAUUGAACACUUCGCUAGGUAAUGAGUAUGCCAUUGUUGUAAGCUGGAAGCUUUUAUUAGGGUUUAAACUCAUCUUCUGCUUUCAUUACAUGCUCGAAGAAGUCAAAAUUGAUAACAGAACAGUAAAAAAAGCUCAAGAAGAAGAGUUUAAACCUAGUAUUUUAGCAUUUACACCUCGUCAAGUGUUGCUGUUAUUGUCUAAACAGCAGCCAAGCAGCAUGGACAAGCUGAGUUUAAAACCUGAGAAGAGGACCCUUCUCUUGCAUUCCAUAGCUCAGUUUCUUAAGCAAAGUGGGUUCUCUAAAACACUUCAGAAGUUUCUGUCUGAAGCCGUUAUCAAGAAAGAUGAGUUGACUGGUUUGUCUCAUGAUUUGGAAGAGAUUUUCUGCAAGUUUUUGGAUAAUUUAAGUGGUGAUAAUGUGUAUGAAAAUUCGAAGAGUCAGAAGGCGGAAGAAUUGCGAACUGAUGUAAUUGCGAAAGGCGAUAAAGAGGGUGAUUUUGCUUCUAAUGUGGGUGAUGGAAAGAAAAAGAAGAAGACUGAUAAGAGCGGUGGCGGUGAAGAGAAGAUUCAGGUAGAAGAUGUAGUGGCUUUAGAUGUAAAGGCUAAAGAGAAAAAGAAAAGCAAAAAGAAACAGAGCAGCUUGGAUACAGAAGCUGUUGUUGAUAAUGAUGGGGCACCUGAAGAAUCGGUACCUGAGGCCAAUGAAGAAAAAUCGAAGGAUAAGAAGAAGGAGAAGAAGAAGAAAAAUAAACCGUCUUCUGAUCCCAUUCUCGAUGAUGAAAAGCUGAAUAAAAUUGAUUCUGAAAAAAGUGCUUUUAAGACUCUAGAGAAGGAUGUUACUGAAAAAAAGGAUAAAAGUUCCAAGAAGAGGAAAAGAGUGGCGUCUGAAGAAGAUGGUCUUGAGCCUGCUGGUGAAAAACCAGUUGAGGUAUCUGAAAACGUGAAGACAGACGAAUCCAAACGUCAAAAGACAGAGCUAAAUUCAUCUCCUAAAACUGAAGAGAAACCCUUUACUAAAGAGCUUAAUGAGCAGCCAAACUGGAGCCUCAAGGAAAACGGAGAGAAAUCUUCCAUGAAGAAAACCAAGAAGUACGAGAAUGGUUCAGCUGAGCCAAAGUCAGUUGAGCAUUUCCAGAGGAUAAAAGUUGAUGAGGUGGUAUUCUCUAAUGAGAAGCUGAAAGAUAAUUCAUAUUGGGCAAAGGAUGGUGCUGAGACUGGUUAUGGUGCAAAGGCACAGGAAAUUCUUGGGCAAGUCAGAGGAAGGGGUUUCAGGCAUGAAAAGACGAAGAAGAAACGUGGAUCAUACAGAGGAGGUCUGAUUGAUUUGGAUUCUCAUUCUGUCAAGUUCAACUACUCCGAUGAGGAGUGAUUACAAAACUUUCUUCUGCAGAUUUUGAUGUCACUUUGCAAUGGCCAAUAUGGUAAAUCUAUUCGGCAUUGAGUUGCAUAUUGGAAAGAAAAAAAAACUUGAGUCAAAUUGAGGAAUUUAGCAUAUUGCUUGCGAGUUCUUUUGUAUUUUAAAUGGACAAAUUAUUUUAUUAGCCUGAUUUUUGGCGAUUACGCCCUUCGAACUGGUUACUUCCUCAUGAUUAAGUUGAUCUAAUUGCCAGAUCUACAUAUUUGUCGACGAGGAUAGUCAGCCUUUCUCGUCUUUACUGUCAUUUUACCGAUCACUUGGUGGUGAAUAAGUUAUUUUAAGAUAGCUGCAGAA